AUGGAGAUGGACCCUCCACCAAAGAGCUGGAGCAUCCAUACCCGAUCCGAGAUCAUCGCCAAAUACGAGGUAAUGGAACGGGUAGGGUCGGGAGCAUACGCCGACGUCUACCGCGGCCGUCGCCUCUCCGACGGCCUCACCGUCGCCCUCAAGGAAAUCCACGACUACCAGUCCGCGUUCAGAGAAAUCGACGCGUUGCAGCUCCUCCAGGGGUCCCCAAACGUCGUCGUUUUGCAUGAGUACUUCUGGCGCGAUGACGAGGAUGCCGUCCUCGUCCUCGAGUUCCUCAGGACCGACUUGGCCACUGUCAUUGCAGACGCCGCCAAGGCCAACCAGCCCCUCCCCGCUGGCCAGCUCAAGCGCUGGAUGAUCCAGAUUCUCUCUGGCGUCGACGCCUGUCACCGCAACAUGGUCCUCCACCGUGAUUUGAAACCCUCUAAUCUCUUAAUUUCCGAAAACGGCCUCCUCAAGAUCGCCGAUUUCGGACAGGCAAGAAUUCUCACGGAGCCUGGAUUUGAUGCUUCUGAUAAUCAUGAAGAAUACUCUACAGUUUUAGAUGACAUUGAUAAUGAGGAUACUAGAACAAAUUCUCACGAUGGAAAUGCAACUUGCACCACAAGUGACAUAUAUAGGGAAGAGGAAGAGGAAGACGCAGAACUUGGUUGUUUCACAUCAUGUGUUGGGACUCGAUGGUUUAGGGCUCCUGAGUUGCUUUACGGAUCCAGAGACUAUGGUUUGGAGGUUGAUUUGUGGUCCUUGGGAUGUAUAUUCGCGGAGCUUUUAACUCUGCAACCUUUGUUUGCCGGAGCUGCUGAUAUUGACCAGCUCAGUAAAAUCAUUGGUGUUUUGGGUAACCUUGAUGAGAGCGCUUGGGUUGGGUGUUCUAAACUUCCUGAUUAUGGGAUAAUCUCCUUUAGCAAGGUGGAGAACCCUGCUGGUAUUGAAGCCUGUUUACCUAAUAGGUCUACUGAUGAAGUGGCUAUGGUGAAAAGACUGGUUUGUUAUGAUCCUGCUAAGAGGGCUACGGCGAUGGAGUUGCUUCAUGAUAAGUACUUUAAAGAAGAGCCUCUUCCUGUUCCGUUAUCUGAGCUGCAAGUUCCUCUCAACAGAAAAGUGCAAGACGAGAAUUCCCCUGGUGAGUGGGGUAAUUUCCAUGAAAUGGACUCUGAUUCUGAUUUUGAUGAAUUUGGCCCUCUCAAUAUCACAAGAACUGGUACCGGUUUCUCCAUACAGUUUCCUUGA